GUAUCAUGUUUCUUAGGUGAUAGGUGUACUGUGCUAUUAGCAAUUUGGAUUUUUUUUGAAUUUUUAUUUGAAAAUAUGAGUUUAGUAUACCAGGACGUACCAGUGGGGCAACUGUAUGAUUCUAGAUAUUCUCCAGUUCAGGCUAGAUAUAAUUACUCAAAAUCGAUUGAAAAAAUACAUUCUGAAAUCAAGAAGAAAAAAUUAGAGGAAUUAAAAAAAUUGAAAGAAGAGGAGAAGCUACGGCAAAAGGAGUUGGAAAUAUAUCAAGGUAAAUACAAGAGAUUAUUUUGGAGAAUAUGGUAUCUUACUUUUGGCCGACUUGGAGAAGACUGGGUAUUCUUAGCAUUUUUAGGAAUUUUUGUAGCUAUUAUAAGUUAUACCAUCGAUAAAGGAACUUUUUAUUGUAUUAGUGGUAAACUUUGGUUAUAUGGUGACUUAGCUAAUGGCUUAUUCACAAAAUGGGUAGCUUGGUUAGCUAUACCCUUUUGUUUAAUUAUGUGGGACGUAGGAUUAACCCACUUAGUAGCACCUCAAGCAUCAGGUUCUGGUUUGCCGCAGAUAAAAACAAGUCUACGUGGUGUCUUUAUGAAAGAAGUACUUACGUAUAAAACACUAAUUGUUAAAUGGUUGGGUAUAACAGCUUCAAUUGGUAGUGGAUUACCAUUGGGAAAAGAAGGUCCUCUGAUUCAUAUGUCCAGUAUUAUUGUAACGAAAAUGAGUAAAUUGAUGUCUUCUUUCAACGCUGUCUACGUUAAUGAAAGCAAGAAAAUUGAAAUGCUAGGAGCGGCAUGGGCUGUGGGAACAGCAUGUACAUUCAACGCACCAAUUGGAGGUGUACUUUUCAGUGUGGAAAUUACUACAGCAUAUUAUGCGGUAAGGAAUUAUUGGAGAGGCUUUUUUGCUGCAGUUUGGGGUGCAACAACCUACAGAUUGCUUCUGGUAUGGAUCGAUAGAGCUAAAACCAUUACAGCGGUAUUUCCAAGCAAUUAUUAUUUUGAGAUUCCUUAUGAUCCAAUAGAGCUAUUUCCAUUUGCAUUAUUAGGAUUGAUUUGUGGAUUUGGAGGGUCGUUCUAUAUAUAUUGUAAACAGUGGUAUGAUUCUUUCGCAAAUGGUAACAAGAUAGUGAAGAAGAUAAAACAAUUCAACCGUUUCAUUUAUCCAGCGAUAGUUAUACUUGUCAUCACUACAAUUAAUUGGCCUCCUGCAGUUGGACAAUUCAUGGCAUCUGAACUGAUGCCAGCAGCGCAGGUUAUCAACCUCUUCAGCAAUUUUACAUGGAGUGGUUCUAAUCUGACGCUGACGGAACAAACUGUAGUAUCCCAUUGGACAACACCUUGGACUGGAUUUUAUGCAAAUCUGGCUAUUUUUGGGGCGUACCAAUUCACGGGUUCUAUAGUAGCUUCUUCAUUACCGAUACCUAAUGGUGUUUUCAUACCUAAUUUUAGAGUUGGCGCUGCUAUUGGACGGAUUGUAGGGGAAGCAUUGAACGCUUGGUUUCCAGAAGGGAUUGGUAAGGCAAAGAUUGUUCCCGGUGCAUACGCGGCAGUAGGAGCAGCUGCAUUCUCUGGUGCUGUAACUCACACAAUGUCAGUCAGCGUUAUCUUAUUCGAAAUGACGUCAUCAGUUACAUAUCUCGUCCCAGUUCUAAUUGCCGUUCUCAUAUCUAAUGGUGUAGCAAGAUUUCUGGCGCCUAGUGUUUAUGAUUUGGUAAUCAGAUCAAAAAAAUUACCUUAUUUGCCGAAUCUGCUGCCAAAUACUAGCAGUAUUUACGAUGUAUAUGUCGAAGAUUUCAUGAGAACAGACAUUAAAUAUUUGAAUUUGACUAUGAAUCACGGUCAAUUGAAAGAACUACUCAUGAAUAACAAAAAGAUUAAUGUAUUUCCACUUGUCGACCAUCCUCAAACAAUGACAUUGCUCGGUUCGAUCACGAGACCAGAGCUAAUAAUGCUGAUAGACAAUCAAAUUGGUACAGUUCAAAGGAGACAGUUCCUGCCUACCCCAAUGGUUGAAAGACGGGAAGAUUCUUUUGACAACAUUGAAUAUAUUCAAUCAAUGAGAAAACGGUCGGUUCCUAAUUUAGACGACUCCAGUGAUUCAGAAAGAGAGGACGAUAUAAGGAAUGAGGAUAAAAUUACUGUACAUCCAGGAAUGACAGAAAUGAAAGAAAUAAAAGCUGAUACUGUGGAAGAAGCGAGAAACCAGAUAAUGCAGAAAUGGGCACCAAUAAAACGACCAACAACAUUACCAGCUCCAAAAUCUCCUCUUCCGGAAAGAAGAUCGCCACUUCCUUCAAGAAGAGGAGCUACAUCAUUAUUAAAUUUAGAAAUACCAUCUAUCCGAAUAAGCGAUCUUCCAGCCACGGAUCAGAAAACAUGGGAAGAAAAUCAAUUGAAACAACAAGUAGACUUCACAAUGUGUCAUAUAGAUCCGGCCCCGUUCCAGUUAGUCGAAAGGACGUCUCUAUUAAAAGUCCAUUCGCUUUUUUCUCUGUUAGCCAUCAACUUUGCAUACGUUACUUCAAUUGGUAAAUUAAUAGGUGUAGUAGGAUUGAAAGAAUUGAGAUGUGCUAUAGAAGAUGCCAAUAGUGGAAACCCACCUAAAAGAGCUGAUAAAUCUCUUAAAUUUGACAUUUCUGUACCGCCAACACCGACGCCAUUAACUCCGGUGAUUUCUGUAGUACCGCCAACAGAUUCAGGAAUUCAUGGGACAAAUAUAGAUAAAAUCGAUUAUAUCGAUGCGUAGAAUUUGAUUCUCAUAAAUUAAGAUAAUGGAUUAGAAAGAAAAUAUUUAUAAAUAAGUAUAUCCAUUUGGAUAAGAAGAUUCGCUAUAUUAUUUAGCUAUAAAUUAGGUAUUUAUAAAGAUAAUUACUACAUAAGUACGGAUUAUAUUAUUAGGUAAUAGUCUUGGAUUUCCCAUUAAGUAAGUUUUUAAAUCCGAUAAAACUUUAAAAUGUGGAAAAUAACAAAAAAUCAAAUUAAAAAGAAAACGCUAUCAAAAGCAUUAACAUUUGAAAUUGAUUGCAAUUAUAUGACCCCAGUGGCAUUCUAGACACCUAAUUCUGGAAUACUUUUUCGAGCAUAGCUGGUAUAUGUUACGAAAUACCGAAAAAAAUUUCAUUUCAGUAAUUCGAUGGUUACAGUCGCUCUAUGGCAACCCUUUAACCCUUUUUAAACCACAUCCAUAUUUGCAAUUAAACAAAUUCUGAUUGUGAUCCAUUAACCGUGUCAUAAUGGCUGUAAAACAAGCCAUUGGGCUUAAAUUUUUGUAAAUAUUUUUAAUUUUUUCUAUUACUAUAAUUUUUUAGUCCUUAAUUCGUUUUUAGGCAGUAUCUUGCAAUGCAGCCAUUCUUCUCUUGACAUCCCUUUCUUUUUCAUUCCUUUUGAUAUUUUCCACUCUCUUUCGAUCCAUUCUCUUCGGAUAGCCCACUCUUUUCGAUAUUACUACUUCUGUUAGUAUUGAUUCAUUAUAAAAUGCUUAUAUUUUAUUAUUUGUACUUCUCUUCUCUUGCCAUAAGAUCGUUCCCACAUAUAUAACUUGUUUUGUAGCGUCUUAUUCAGAACCCAAAUUUCACUUCCAUAGAGGUAUGUCUUAUUACUUUAUUAUAUAGUUUUUCUUUCGUAGUUUUGUAUACCUGCUUUGGUAUAGCCCUCUUGUCUUCUACUCGUAGCUAAUCAGAAAUAAAUUUUUACUUCUUCGUCACAUUUAUCGAUAAUCAAGACACCUUAAUACACGUAGUUUAUUAUUUCUUUUUUACUUAUUUUUUCUGCGGUAAGGAAUUUCUAGUUCCGAUAUUUUAUUUUUUUUUUUGGAGUUAUUGAGUUUCAUUUUUCUUCCAUUCAUAUACAGGGCCAUCUUCUUGGCUACAAUAAUUAUUUAUUGGUCUGCUAUUACUAUUAGAUCUUUUUUUCCAUUAGUUAAGCUAAGUAAAAAAUAUAAGUGUUUCAGCAGUUAAUAGUAUGCUCACUUUGAAAGUACUCAACCAGAAAUUCCCAUUCAACCAAAAAAGACACGACCAGCAUCAGAUAGUAAGGUUCCUUACUUUUUGAAGAGCCUUCAUAUUAAACGAUUUUUGUAUAGUUGUACAGUACACCAUAAUAAUUAUUAGUUUACUUACUUAAACCUCUUAAUUAUACGAAUCAAAUGAAACAUUAGUCUCAAAGUAGACUUCCCGCUGAAAUGGAUUAACUUUUUUCUUUCGAUAAUUAUCUACAAGUAGGAGUGAAUAGAAAAAUCAAACGAAUGUUUAUGACAAACAUUUGAAAUCAAUUAUCUUAUUAUCUUCAUCUGACUACAACCCCUGAAUAUUAUUAUGUUAUCUUUGUCGUUCCUUGACGGAUAUACUUUGUGCAAGUUCUGAGACAAAUUUUUACUUCUGUGUUCACAUUUUAAGUCAGCAAAUACAACAAACCUAAUUUCUAGAUGGUAAUUUAUUGGAAAUCCGAAGACGUCGUUUUAAUCUAAAGUUAAUUCAAGACUUGUUAACUAAGAAACCUUCAUAAGUAAUUCUGCUGGUAGUGAUAGUUCAAAACAUCCAAAUUGGAUCCAAAACCCAGUUCGAGCCUUAUAACUUGAUGUUAUUUUCUGUAAAUUUUCAGUUUCCUCGGUAUUUGGCUUUUUUACAGUCCCUAAACUAGAUAGUGGAUAAAGAUUCAGGGGCGCAGCAUGUUUCAAAUUAAAGCAGAAGGUACAAAGAACAAUAAUUUGAGAGCCGCUCAGCUGUAAUGAAAUUUAAUUUUUCGUAUUUUCCACCAUAUUUUUGUGGAUGAACAACAACUAUCCCUUGAAUAAAAAAAUAUUUUUCCUGUAGAAAGUGUCUAUCCUUUCUAGUUGCCAAAUAAAAGUGCUAGUCAUACAAUUGUUAGCAUUCAUUCCAUUUUAAAUUAUAUAAUUUAUUUCUUUGUGAUUGAACAAUCUAAGAUCAUAAGAAAGAUCACAUUAAGUUUCUGAAACACUUUAUUUAUACUAUAUUGUAAUAGUAACAGAUCGUGUAAUGGUGGCAGUAAACAAAAUGUCCAAUAUAACACAAAGGAGGAAAGUUUUUCAUAAUUGUAAAGAUAUAAGGUACACACUAAUAAGGUGUACGUCUCUAUCUAUAAUCUUCAUUUUCCGAAGAUACUGAAAUCAUUCCUUUAUCGUGCAAAAAAUUAAUUUGGUAGCUAAUUAUUCACGUCAAUUAUAUACCAAUAUAAUUUUAUCAAAAACAUUGAUUAAACUGCAAUGAUUUCCAUAUUGUCUAGAACUUCUUAUUAUUUUUUUGACCGAUAGAAUCAAAGAAAACACAAAUUUGAUUUUUUAUGCCAAAAGUUUCAUAAAAUAUUUUAUCAAGGCAUUGAAUAAUGAAAUUGAGUAGUAUUAGAUGUAUCAUCUAAUAUUCGCUAUUAUCCGGAGUAUUAACUGAUAUUAAAAAUAACUUACCCAUUUGUCGGAUGACAAAUUAUUAAAGCAUAUUAAAGAAAAUUGAGAGAGAAAGAAAUGCUCUAUUGUUAAAAAAUUAGACAAAAGCUUGUAAAAACUUAAGAAACAAACAUACAAGUAACUAAAUAAAGACAAAAAUUAAAUGAAAUCUUAAUAAGCUCCGGGACGCAUUCAGGCAGAAUCUACCAUUGAUUAGCAAUAGGCUAUAAAUUAAGGUCUCUCAUUGGUUGUUGCUAAUCGCUGGUACGUUUUGUACAAACAUUGCUAAUCGCGGGUAGAUUUUGUCUCCCUGGGAAUACUAUGCGCACUAUUGCCAAUAGGAGGUAGGAUUUGCCUUGACGUUGCUAAUCAGCGGUAUGUUUUAUUUAAACAUGAGAUAGCUUUAUACAAUUAUUAAUCACUCACAUAAAAUGAAUCCGUUACACAACAUUGAAACGAUUUUUGUAAAAUGAACAUAAUCAACCCUUUUAGUGUUCAUAUUAAGUUAUGAUGCGUGUUUAUGGGAACGAAGUUCAUUGUGAUUGUUUCUUGGGGGAAACAGGAGAAUUUUUAAGUGGGAGAUGAUAUGUUUUAGGAAUUGUCCUCAUGAAAGACAAAUUUUACUCGGUGGGCCUUUAUAGCGUUAAUUUAUAUUAGUGCCAGCCUUCACUCACCGUGCCCUUGAAAAGCUUUUUAUUAAGUAUUUGAGAAUAUCAAUUACGAUUUUUUAAGCAAUAUUAUGAGAAUAACAUAUGCUAAAUCAGCCGAGUUUGGAUUAAACAAGGCGGCCACUCUCCUGUGGCCACAAGGUCUCCAUCAAGUCAUUGUAUGUUCGUUCAACUUGACACGCCAUCUAUUAGUUCCGGUGUUAAUCACCUCUAUGGAUAUUUGUAAUUUCAUAUUAGCUUCUUCGUGGAUUUUUCCGUCGGCCAAAAUGGCUGUAUCAUCAGCAAGCCUUGCAAUUGUAUUCAGGGUAGUAAGUAAAUAGAGUAUAGGGCCUAGUACACUACCUCGUGGUACUCCUGCUUUUAUUUCUGUUAGAUGAGAGAAUACUUCUUCCUGUUUUACUCCAAUCUGUUCAAUAUAUUUUAGUAGUUCUGAAUAUUGCCGUGGUAGGAACUUAGCUUGUUAUUUAGGCCCUUAUGUCAAAGAUUAUCAAAAGUCUCGUCUAGGAAAGCAGCAGAGCACACUUUGUUUUCCUUUUUCCUUUUCGAUUACGUCUGUAAUUCUAUGAACUUAAUCGAUGGUUGAGUGCUUUUCUCGAAAACCAAAUUGAUGGAAUGAUGUUCUUUUCAUCUAUUAUAUGUUUUAGCAUCUUACUAACAUUAAAAUAUUUGUACUGUCAUUUCAUGUAACUUGCAUUAUCCAGUUUUUGAGAAAAAAUGUUGUAAAACUUUUUGCUUCGAAUUUUCUCUGAUUAAAACAUAACAAAAAUUUCGAAUAACUAACUAUUUUGUAUUAUAUUGUAUUUAUUGUAAAAACUGUAUAAUAUUAAUCUAAAAUAAAAACACAUUAGUAUAUAUUUUGCUAAAGUAAUGUUUAUGAUUAUGCUUAAAAUCGUUCAUUCCAUUGAUUUAAUAUUUAUUCUAAGCCUUUCAGCAUUGUUAGAAUUAUCGGGAAGCCUAGUUGUUUUCAGUAAAGCACAAUAGUUGUGAUAUAUCCAACA